UUUUGUUUUAUUCCUUAAAUUUUUUUAAUUGAGUCCCCUCAGCUCAGCCCUUUCUGCUAAGAACAGAAAGUGGUAGUGUCUACUUUUUUCAGAGUUGCACUGAGCUUCUCACCCCAACUUAGAAAAGUCUUUUUGGAAAUAUUGGACUGGAAUAAGUCACCGUCCAUAUGAGGCAAUCGGGUUUUCUCAACCAAACUUUUUGUAUUUUUCUAAAUCAUAGUACUCAAAAACUUCUUUUGAUUACUUUUUAUGUUUUAUACAUCUUUUUGUUUUUCAGUAUAGUAUGCACAUUAUAUUUUUCCUUUCCCUUUUAUCACUUAGUCUCACUGUCCUUUACUGUACGCUGACUUUUUAUCAGAGAUCAGCCCCUUCCCUUUCAGGAAGAAAGGCUGUUUGUAAAUUCACACAGCUGAUUCGACCCUGGCCCUGCAUUUUCAUAUGUUUUACCUUGGAGGGAGAAUGCUGGCUCGGUCUUAAAAAGUAAAUAUGAACUGAUGAGAAGCUAGUUUAUAUUUGAAGUGCAAAAGAUAAGAUGGUUUCUAACCUAGCCACUAUACUCCUGUAUUAUGUAUAUUAGGGUUUCAAUGACAGCGCAUUUUGCUGUCGGUACAGGUUCAGUGUGGGUUUUUUGCCCCCCUUCAGGAGUUGCAACUUCCAUUUGUCUCAACAGAUUUUAAAGGGGGUACCUUUUUAUGUUGGGUCAAAUCUGGAGCUAUGGAGUUGUCUUUCAGGUUACAGGCCAUCUUAUUUUGUGCUAGAGGGGGGUACAGGAGUGUGGAGGAGCAUCAGGGAGUCACAAGCUCCCCAGCUCUGUUACUUCACACACCCCCCCGCGCGCUUGCUGAGGAAUGGUGGAGUAUGCGCGCUCAGAGCUGUCUUCCUGACCAUUUAACUUCAGCUCAAGCACACACUCAUCGUACUAUUAUACACACAUGCAUCAGUUCUUUGACUGUGAUUUGGAAUGAAUAUUCUAUGCAGAGGUUUAUCCUUCUGAUAUCCACUGCUCUUGCAUUGCACACUUGACUGUGGGGCUUCAGGACACCUCACUACUUUAGUUUCUUUUAAAAUGAUGGCAGUCGUGUCAGGCAGACAGCUCGCUAUCUGUACUCCACCGCAUGCGUCAGAUGCUGGGUUAGAAAGACAGAAGCACGCGCAGCAACAGCGAUGACCUCUUUAUUUCAGAACUGUGGAGGCUUCUAGAUACAAGUAAUUAAACCACAGACUUCUUUUCCCCUACUCAUUGGCCAGGAUCCAAGAAAGCAAGCCAGGAUAAAGAAAUCAAAGUUUUUUAAAAAUAUUUCAUGGAAAUGUUAAAAGAAUCAAAAGACAAGUAAUGAUUUAAUAUUUCUUCCCUUUUCCUUCAAAUAUGUAAUAAUAUUCCCAAAGAAAUGGGAUCAGUUCAUUUGGGCAAGAUCAAGCCAGUAAUUGUCCUCCUGUAGUUUGAUUUGAAACCUGAAUUGAAGGACAACUGGAAGUCUUAACGUAUGUGACUGAUACUGUGCACAUCAAAGCCUUUCUUCCCUCCCAGUUAGCCUGUAAACAUUCCUUUUGUUUUCAUUGCUAUAAACAUUCAUUGCAUGAUUGAAAACUAGGAAUAGUAUUAUAGUUGUUAUGUUUGUUGUGAUUUGGUGUUUUAUUUCCAUAUUAAAAGAAGAAUGAAUUGUUUGAGAAACCUUUACUAACGAUCUUGUUUUCUGAUUUUGUCUCUUUUGGUUUUUCCACAACUGAUAUUGUUAUUUAGAAGGUUUCAGGUGGGUGACACUAUUCCUGCGUAGGUGCCUGGCGGAAAGGAACACUAGGGCAGCCUCAGUCCUCUCCUCUUCUUCCAGCCAGCAGCGACCAGCACUCUGACAAAGUCCAAAAAUAUGGCUUGUUACCUGAAAGCCAUCGAGACUCAGCCCAACUUUGCUGUAGCAUGGAGCAAUUUAGGUUGUGUAUUCAAUGCCCAGGGAGAAAUAUGGCUUGCCAUACACCAUUUCGAAAAGGCUGUGACUCUGGACCCAAAUUUUCUUGACGCAUAUAUCAAUUUAGGCAAUGUUUUGAAAGAAGCCCGCAUCUUUGACAGAGCCGUGGCUGGAUACCUCAGAGCCCUGAGUCUGAGUCCUAACCAUGCAGUUGUCCAUGGAAAUCUGGCCUGUGUCUACUAUGAGCAGGGCCUGAUUGACCUGGCCAUUGAUACCUACCGCCGUGCUAUUGAAUUGCAGCCCCAUUUCCCUGAUGCCUACUGCAAUUUAGCAAAUGCCUUGAAGGAAAAGGGCAAUGUUUCUGAAGCAGAGGAAUGCUACAAUACAGCUUUGCGUUUGUGUCCAACUCACGCUGACUCUCUGAAUAACUUGGCCAAUAUCAAGCGUGAGCAGGGCAAUAUUGAGGAGGCAGUUCAGCUCUAUAGAAAAGCCCUGGAGGUGUUCCCAGAAUUUGCUGCAGCUCACUCUAAUCUGGCCAGUGUCCUGCAGCAGCAGGGCAAACUCCAGGAGGCCCUCAUGCACUACAAGGAGGCGAUAAGAAUCAGCCCAACAUUUGCUGAUGCCUAUUCCAACAUGGGCAAUACGCUGAAGGAAAUGCAAGAUGUGCAGGGAGCGCUGCAGUGCUACACUCGGGCCAUCCAGAUCAAUCCAGCCUUUGCUGACGCUCACAGCAAUUUGGCCUCUAUUCAUAAGGAUUCAGGAAACAUUCCCGAGGCCAUCGCAUCUUAUCGCACAGCUUUGAAACUCAAGCCUGACUUCCCUGAUGCUUACUGCAAUUUGGCGCACUGUCUACAAAUUGUUUGCGACUGGACAGAUUAUGAUGAGCGAAUGAAAAAACUUGUUAGCAUUGUGGCCGACCAACUGGAUAAAAACCGUUUGCCAUCAGUCCACCCACACCACAGCAUGCUGUAUCCACUUUCACACAAUUUCCGCAAGGCCAUCGCUGAACGACAUGGAAACCUAUGUCUGGACAAGGUACACGCACUGAUCAAAAUUAACGCACUGCACAAACCUGCUUACGAGCAUCCCAAGGAUUUGAAGGCCAGUAGUGGACGUCUGCGUGUUGGCUAUGUCAGCUCUGACUUUGGCAACCAUCCGACUUCACACUUAAUGCAGUCCAUUCCUGGAAUGCACAAUCCUGAGAAAUUUGAGGUGUUUUGCUAUGCACUCAGUCCUGACGACAGCACCAACUUCCGUGUGAAAGUAGUGGCAGAAGCUCAUCAUUUCACAGACCUCUCACAGAUCCCUUGCAAUGGCAAGGCUGCAGAUCGUAUUCAUCAGGAUGGAGUCCACAUUCUGGUCAACAUGAACGGAUACACCAAGGGAGCCCGAAAUGAGCUGUUUGCCCUUCGCCCCGCCCCAAUUCAGGCCAUGUGGCUGGGUUACCCGGGAACCAGUGGAGCUCCCUUCAUGGACUAUAUCGUCAGUGACAAGGAGACAUCUCCUAUAGAAGUAGCAGAACAGUACUCUGAGAAACUCGCCUACAUGCCCCACACCUUCUUCAUUGGAGACCAUGCCAACAUGUUCCCUCACCUCAAGAAAAAGGCAGUGAUUGAUUUCAAGUCAAAUGGACACAUCUUUGACAACCGCAUUGUUCUUAAUGGUAUUGACCUGAAAGCCUUCUUGGACAGCCUGCCAGAUGUCAAAGUGAUAAAGAUGAAGUGUGACAUCAACCAGGAAGCUACAAGUGACACAAAUGGAGCCCUGUCCAUGCCUGUGAUUCCCAUGAACACAGCAGCUGAAGCCAUCAUCAACAUGAUCAAUCAAGGGCAAAUCCAGGUCACAAUCAAUGGCUUCACAGUCAGCAAUGGCCUGGCCACCACACAGAUCAAUAACAAAGCUGCAACUGGGGAGGAGGUGCCACGCACAAUUGUUGUGACAACCCGCUCCCAGUAUGGUCUCCCUGAGGACUCGAUUGUCUACUGCAACUUCAACCAGCUCUACAAGAUCGACCCGCCUACUCUUCAGAUGUGGGCCAAUAUCUUGAAACGUGUGCCCAACAGCGUGUUAUGGCUUCUUCGCUUCCCUGCUGUUGGCGAGCCCAACAUCCAGCAGUACGCCCAGAACUUGGGUCUGCCCGGCUCUCGAAUCAUUUUCUCGCCCGUGGCUCCCAAAGAGGAGCAUGUGAGAAGAGGCCAGCUGGCUGAUGUGUGUCUAGACACCCCUCUGUGCAACGGACACACUACAGGCAUGGAUGUUCUUUGGGCUGGAACUCCCAUGGUAACCAUGCCAGGUGAGACCCUUGCCUCCCGUGUGGCUGCCUCGCAACUCAGGUGUCUUGGCUGCCCUGAGCUCAUUGCCCUAAGUCGUCAGGACUACGAAGAUAUAGCAGUCAAGCUGGGUUCCGACAUGGAGUACCUGAAGAUGAUCAGAGCGCGCGUUUGGAAACAGAGAAUCUGCAGCCCUCUUUUCAACACCAAGCAGUACACAAUGGAGCUGGAGAAGCUGUAUCUGCUCAUGUGGGAGCACCACAGCAACGGCAGCAAGCCAGAUCAUCUUGUUAAAUACCAGACAGUGGAGCCCAGUGAGAGUGCCUGAACUGGAAGCAUGCUUCUCCACUACAUCCCAGCCGUUUAACUAAUUUUGACUGGUCAGGUUCCUACCCUCUCCCUGAAUCAGCGUCUACCAUCUAUGUAGUGGGACUCUUACUUGCAAGGAGCCUAGUGCAUAUGUUCACAUUUGUCCCUGAAUACGUUACUCGUUGAAUAACACAAUCUGCGUCUCCUGAGCCAGAUUUAGCCUGAGACUUUCAGGCAUCCUGUCUGAGACUCUUGUCCUGAAAACACUCUAUAUCUAUUUGGUGAGCAUGAGGAUUGUGAAUGCCCUUCAGUACUUUGAACAGUGGAAUUUCUGUUUCUCCUCUGUGUGCAUACAGGACUAACUGCAGCUUGUGGAGAGAAUACCCAGCCAUCAUUACCCAUUGAUCUAUUUAUAAAUGGAUUAAGAGUGUUGUGCAUUUUAAAAUGAAACUUGCACCGUUAAAAUUGUACUGACUCAAGUUUAAUUAGCUUUAAUGUUACAAAACAAAUUGUGUUUGUUCUCUGGUUUGUCUUAAGUUGUCCAAAGUAAAUGAAAGGUUUUAUGAACUGGUAUACAUGACAAUUGUCCUUAACUAAAUGCCAACUUUUAUUCAUUUUGUCAAAGAAUUUUAAUAGGCCGAGGUCAGAAGAUUGGACAAAGGAAUUCAAUUCGUCAUAAAGUACAAAUUAUUCCAGUUCAUUUCUAAUUUCGGGGCUGUUGAUGAAUAGCUUUUCUGUUUGUUUUCCUUUUUCUUAAAUGACACAAACCAGGAGCGUGCUAGGUAAGUAUUUUCUAAGCAGCUUUUGUUUUGUAUUGUCUGUUAACUGUAUGCUGUCAGUGCUGCUGCAAGUCUCUACUUAUAAUAAAACAUGGAGAUGACAAAAACAGAAUGGCUUUACUCUACUAGUGAGACAUUGAAAAGGUGGGCUCUUAGCCUUUUGUAACCUUUUAUUGUGAAAGUCAACUAAAUUGGUAUAUGUGAUUGAAAUUGAGUGAUGUUAGCAGUAAUUUCAUUGUAAGAAACAGUCUAAUUGCCCAUCUUCUGGUUAUGUUAUUGCUUUUUUUUUCUUUUUCUGAAGACACAAUUUCCUCAAGUAUCCCAUGACAUGUAUUGCUUUUGUUCAAGAAUGUUUAUUUCCAAUCUUGGCACAAAGUAGUACAAGAUUGUAUUGAAUGAACAAAUUAUCCCUGAUA